AUGUUCCAUCUAAAGUAUCCCAAAAAAUCAGACUUUUUCAACUGGGUAGAGUUAGAGUGUUUAGCAAGAGCACUAGGGUAUAAUAGUCAUAUAUUUAAAGAAAAUAUAACAGAUGAAAUUAUAUAUACUACAGAGGGAGUUACUCUCACGGAGAUGUUAAAAAUGAUAGAAUAUAAGAUAUUACAGUCUGUGUUACAUCUAACAUUUAAUAUGCAUACAGCUGAUUGGAAUAUGUGUUUGAUUAAAAAAUGUUUGAUAUUAUUGAAUCAUAAAGCUCUUAUGUUUGAAGAGAUUCAUUCUAUAAGAUUAAGCUAUGAAACAUAUGAAGCUAUAGAUAUGAAAGGGAUGGUGUUAAAUAAACAUAUUUUAUUAAGGGCUAUAAAGAUGUGUGGCAGAAUGAUCGCACCAAUGAAAUUGAUGCACAGAAUAAAACACAUGAGGGAUGAAUUUGAUGAGAAAGGGAGAAUACAACUUUAUGAGUUUUUAGAGUUAAUUUUAUGGUGUGAUCUAUAUGAAAAAUUUUAUUGUGAUUUUCGUGGUACAGCUAAUAUUAAAGAAAAUAAACUUUUUCAGUUGGUAGAUUUUGAGAAGGUACUGUCUCAUCAUGAUGAAAAAAUUCACAAAGAUCUUAACUCUCAAUAUCUUCAAGAUGAAUGGGACUUUGGUCAGGAGAAAUUGGGCAGUAAAAGACUGUUUAAAGAUCCUACAGUACAUACAGAAGACAGCAUUAGAAGGACCACCUAUCAUAAAGAAGAUUAUAAACAUCUAAAAAGUGAAGUGGCAACAUCCCAGAAACAGGUUCACCAGGCUAGAGCAGGAUUUGUACGUCCUAGACCAGUAACAGCACCACAACUCAGUCACUAUAGACGUAAGUUUAGUCAACAGACAAUGACAGAGAGAAGUGUUGCUGAAACUUAUAAAAUAGUACAGAGAAGACUUAGAUCAGCUCCUGCCAGAUCAUCUAAAAUUGUUCUACCUGAAAGACCUAAAACAUGUGAUUAUUAUCGGAAACCUACACCCUGUAUUGUUACAUCAACUGAUAUUAUAGAUCUUUAUCUUAAAAAACAGUCAUUAAACUUCGACAUCACUACUGUAAAAACUAGAGCAGAAGAGAAUGGAAAUGAUGAUUUAGAUUAUUUAUUACCUGGUUAUAGAGAGAAAAGAUCAAGACAACCUAAACAACAAGAAAGAGUAGAGGAACCUGUCAAAGAAAAGAAACCAACUAAAAACACGGAAGAAGUUCUGGAGAAUUUGUCACAACCUAAAUUACGUCACUAUAAACAGCAUCAUAAAUCUUGCGACGCAAGACAUAGAGGGUGGUAUGAUGUAGGACGUAAGAAAGGACCUCAAAGAAUUCUAAUCAAUCUACCAUUUAAUGAAGGACCAAAUGGACUGUUUAUGAAACGGUUACAAGAACAAGCAGAAAAUGGAGACCCCAAAAACUAUAUCUACAGAUACACCAAAAAGCACCAAUACCAACCAACCAAAGGUCAUCCAAAAUAUCGACCUUAUACAGCACCAGCAUCUACUUCUCACAGUGACUUGACUACUGAGAGUUGUUCCAGUCAAUCUGGAGACUCAGACAAACUACUACAUGCUGUUCAUGAAAAGCUGCUAAACGUAGAAAAGGAUGUUUCUACAGAGUCUCUUCCCAAUUCUGUAUCAGAUGUUGCAGAAACAGAAGAGCAGCCAAGGUACCCAUCUCCAUCAAAAUUUCCCAAAACCACAUCUCCAACUCUUUCACCUUAUUUCUCUAAGACACCUUCACCUGUAGAUGUACCAGAUCUAAGUAAAGACCUCCCAGAUUCCAACAGAAAGUCACCUCCACGUAAAAAUCCUGUGAUUUCUGAAAUAGAUUACCCAAACCCUUACAUGAAACAUACCAAGCCUAAAAUUGUGGAAGUUGGCCACAUUGGAAGAAUCAAGCUGUUAGAGAGUAUACAAGAAUCUAAAGACUUAGAAGAACUACUGUAUGAACCAGAUUGUAAAUUGAUCAAAGUUCAAAGCCUAUCUAACGGUCCAGAGUUUGAAGGGGAUAAACCUCCUGAAAAAUGUCCUGGUUCUAAACCACAUAGCAAGAAACUGGAUGGCCUGCUUCAAUUAAGUGACAAGUAUUCUGUAAAACAUCCCGAUUCAAUUCAAGAAGAUGCUGAAGAUGUUUCAGUUGUUCCAUCAAAAGAGACAAUUGAAUGCAGCAGCCAAGGUAAUCCAGAACCCAAAGAACAAAAGGAUUUACCACCUUACAUCAGACCUGGUUCAAAGGAUGAGAUCUUGCCUUCUGAUUUUAAAAAUCAAUUGAAUGGUGAAGACCUAACAUCAGAUUUGUACACCAAAAAUUUCAAAAAUUCUAAUACAAAGUCACAAGAAGAACCAGAAAACAUCUUGACAUCCUCAAGUCCAAAAAUGUUAGAAAAGUUAACCGAACCUCAAGUAAAACAUGUGAUGGCCAAGCCAAAGCCAAAAGUUCAAGCUUGGAUUUGUGAUAAUCAACCUUGCAAGGAUAUGAGUUCAGCUCUGGAAGUUAAAGGUAAAGCAAAAGAGAUCGGUAUGGACUCUGUUUCAAUGUGCCAUCAAUAUAUUUCUACUGGUAGAAAACCUGUUGCCAAAAUUAGGUCCUAUAAAAGAUUAGCAGAGAGGGUCCAAAACCCAUCUACCUAUGUCCAUAAAUGUUUACUAUCAGCUUCUUCUUGAUGCCAUUUUUCUAUAUUUAUUUAAUGUGUUCUCAUAUCCAUAGAGGUAAAAAAUGUAACAAAUUGCACCGGACUCCAGUGAUUUAUUUUAUUCCCAAUUGUUUAGGAAGGUUAGCCACAAUAAUCAUUGUUGUGAUGCUCAAACAGAGAGCUCUACAUGAGGAUAUGAAAGGCACUAUCUAGUUCUUUGCCAUCAUUUGGCCUCCAAGCAAGCAUACAACAAUUUUGGUAUCUAUAAAUAAACUUAGUAAGU